UAAGCAUGCGCAGCACGCCCGUUGCCUCAGCCCUUUUCAUCCGGGGCCUUUCACUCUCCUGCCAGUCCCCGCCCCUCGGCCGUUGGAAGAUGGCGACUAUCGCCGAGUUGAAAGCAGUACUAAAGGACACGUUGGAGAAGAGAGGUGCACUGGGACAAAUAAAAGCAAGGAUCAGAGCUGAAGUUUUUAAUGCAUUGGAUGACCAAAGUGAACCACGGCCACCACUGUCUCAUGAAAAUUUUCUAAUCAAUGAACUAAUUCGUGAAUACUUGGAAUAUAAUAAAUAUAAGUACACUGCAUCUGUUCUAACAGCAGAAUCUGGUCAACCUGAAGUACCAUUGGAUAGACAGUUUCUUGAACAUGAGCUGAAUAUAGUGGAAGAUCCAAAUAGAAAAUCGGUCCCUCUCUUGUAUGGAAUUAUAGCUCAUUUUUUACAUGGUAGUAAAGGCAACAUCCAUGAUACGUUUUCCAAAGGAUCUUCAUUGCAGUUUCCAAGACGGAACCUCAGCAAACUACCUAAUGAAAGAAAUCAAAUGGAUUCAAUUCCAGAACCAGGGAGGAUGGCCGGCACUAGCAUUGAAGAUCCACUUGUUUUAGAGGGUGUAAACAGAUGACAAUUCAGUUCUUUGUGCAUUUUUUCAUUUAAACAAUCAAGACUGUAUCCUGCAAACCCUUAUUCACAUGAAUAGUUCUUGCUUACAUAAGUUGUCCCUUUGGCUUCGGUGGGACUGCUUGAAUGAGUAAAGGCUACCUAUAAAUCAGACUUUGUAGGAUUAGGCCCACAAUAAUUUAUUGUGGGAAAAGCAAAGUUAGCUCUGGGCCUAUUCCUGCUAUGCAAGAAGGGGCCCAAAAACACUUUAAUUUACAAAAAUAAGACUUUUCAGGAAUAUUUAUUCUAUUCCAGCACUCACUAUUUAACUCUCUCAUUACUUUACACUACUUUUCUGCACCUGUGAAAUCACUAUUCCUGUACAUGUGAAUAAAAGCUAACUUCAUUUUCUGUUUUA